GUUUGACAGAUUGUCGGUGUGUGUAUGCGUUCGUUCCACGUGAAUUCUUUGUUUGGGCGCCGGUCAUGUUUUUAACAAGUGUCGGGAUUGCGUGGUGGUAGCGCAUAUCUGUUGCAUGGUAAGCGCGAGAUUUCGCCCAAAAUGUCGCUGGCGCGGCCAGUAAACGCCGACAGACCUCGCGGUGGGUGUAGAAUUCGAAUUAUCAAACGUUGGGAUAACCACACAUAUUCUCGCGCUGCCGCUCCUUUAGGUGUAACGACACUACCGAGAUUUCGGCGACACUCGCUCGCGUUUCUCUCGAUUCCGCUCCGUUGUGCGAGCACAGGGCCGUUUAUGCGGUAACGAUGAAGAUAAUAAUUGCUCAUUAAUUCACACGGAGGCCCCUCAUCUGUGAUGGCAGGAAAGGAUGGGAAGCCAGAGUCAAAAGGUGGAGAUGUUAUUCGACAAGGAUUCAUGAUAAAACGCUCCCAAAAUAAAAAACGCUUUACUCCAGUCAAUUACAAGCAACGAUGGUUUGUGCUGACAAAACAUUAUCUCAUCUACUAUGAUGGGGAUGGUGAGCGCCGCAAGGAACGCGGACGGAUCGCCGUGGAGAGCGUCCACGUGGUGGAAACGGCCAGCCUCGGAAGUGGUAGCACCGGUGGCGGAGGCGGCGGUGUUGGCGACACCGCGGGUGGCGGCGAUGCAGGCGGCGGGGGUGGCGGUAUACCAUCCGGGUUACCCUUCCAGGUCGGAUACCGGGAAGCUGGUCAAGAGUAUACGCUCUAUCUCCUCGCCGCUCGCGAGCAGGACCGCGCCGAAUGGAUACGUGCCAUACGCGCUGUGUGCAGCGAGAAUUCGAGCUUGAGCGGGCGUUACCACGCGGGUCUCUGGAGUGGAAAACGCUGGUCCUGCUGUCGAUUAUCAACACGCUCGGCCGAAGGCUGCGACACUUGCAGCUCCUGGUCGUCGAAGCCAGCUACGAACGCCACGAAUCCGUCCUCGACAACAACGUCGGCCUCGACAACAUCGACAUCCGUGCCCGGCAGCGUCGUUAACAAUAUCAUCUCGACGACAACUGUCACGUCCGAUCACCGCUCGACGAACGCUGAAGCGAAUAACAAUCCGAUCGUCCAGCCGCAGACCCGCUCAACAAUCGGAACGCCCUCGACACCGAUAAUGCCAGGCGGCACACCCGGAACGCCAUCCUCUAAAACAAAGGAGAAGAUAAUGCUGCGGGCGAAAGUCGUAGUGGCUCUGUAUCCGUUUCGAGCCAUCGAAGGUGGUGACUUGUCUCUCGAAAAGGGUGCAGAGUACGAGGUCCUGGAUGAUUCUCAGGAACAUUGGUGGAAAGUUAAGGACGAGAAUGGAUCGAUCGGCUAUAUUCCUAGCAACUACGUUAAAGAGAAGGAACUGUUGGGACUGCAAAAAUACGAAUGGUACGUAGGCGAUAUGUCAAGACAGCGCGCUGAAUCGUUGCUAAAGCAAGAAGAUAAGGAGGGCUGUUUCGUCGUUCGUAAUUCCUCGACCAAAGGACUUUACACACUCUCCCUUUACACGAAAGUGCCACAUCCCCACGUGAAGCAUUAUCACAUCAAACAGAACACUCGCGGAGAAUUUUAUUUGUCGGAAAAGCACUGCUGCGGCUCCAUUCCCGACCUAGUGAAUUAUCAUAGACACAACAGCGGCGGUUUGGCCAGCCGACUGAAAACCAGUCCUUGCGAUCGUCCUGUACCACCCACUGCCGGUCUUAGUCAUGACAAAUGGGAGAUCGACCCGGCGGAAUUGCAUUUGCUGGAGGAGCUCGGGUCCGGCCAAUUUGGAGUCGUGCGGAGAGGAAAGUGGCGCGGCUCCAUCGACGUUGCCGUGAAGAUGAUGAAAGAGGGAACCAUGUCUGAGGAUGACUUUAUAGAAGAAGCUAAAGUAAUGACAAAACUGCAACAUCAAAACCUAGUCCAGCUGUACGGUGUCUGCAGUAAAGAUAGACCAAUAUACAUUGUCACGGAAUACAUGCGACACGGAUCUCUUCUCAACUACCUCCGCCGUCACGAAACCUCAUUAGGCGCAAACGUUGGCCUUUUGUUAGACAUGUGUAUACAGGUUUGCAAAGGAAUGGCGUAUUUAGAGAGGCAUAACUACAUACACAGAGAUCUUGCUGCGCGUAACUGUCUGGUGGGAUCCGAAAACGUAGUAAAAGUUGCAGAUUUUGGUUUAGCUAGGUACGUGCUCGAUGAUCAAUAUACCAGUAGCGGGGGCACGAAGUUUCCUAUUAAAUGGGCGCCGCCAGAAGUGUUGAAUUACACACGCUUUAGUUCGAAAUCGGAUGUGUGGGCAUAUGGAGUACUUAUGUGGGAAGUAUUCACAUGCGGAAAAAUGCCUUAUGGUCGCCUAAAGAAUACGGAAGUUGUCGAGCGAGUACAGCGAGGAAUCAUACUGGAACGACCGAAAGCGUGUUUCAAGGAAGUCUAUGAGGUGAUGCGUAAAUGUUGGGCACACUGUCCGGAAGUGCGACCGUCCUUCCGCGUCUUGAAGGAACAGCUAAUCAGCGUUUCUCAAGGACUAAUCAACGAUUGACUCAACCUUCUGCGGUGUAUGCGCCUGUCUUCACCUUCCUACCGCUCGAUCCGAUCGACGGCGAAGUCAUCGCCGUCGUCGGAACGAUCAACGUCUGCCACUUUACCCUCGUCGAACCUGUCGUAUAACUCAGCAACGCUGCCGUCGCGCAAGACCCGCGCACCGGCCUCCCCCCCGCCUUCCACGAUCGAUUUCUCACGUCAUUUAUCAUCGAUCAUGUGCAAAUCAAAAGGAGAGGUCUCCUCGUCGCCGAGCACACCCGGGCAUCAAACUAGUCAACAUAAACCAUCAUCGAGCUCGACUAACAAUGUGUGUGACGUUUGCAGUUCCUACGGACAACCGUGGAUCGAAAUAUGCAAGGCGAUACGAGCCACUAAAGGUAAAUGAGUAAACUUGCGUAUAUGCGCGCGCGUGUGUGUGUACACGAAAUUGAAUUUACACCGCUCUGUAUCACGGCUGUUACGCAUUUAGAGAACCGUAUCCGUAAUACGGAGAUGUGAUUCUAAACCCCGUAAGCGUAAAUGCAUCAUUUCUUUCGUCUAUUCUCUCCUAUUGUUCCCUCUUGGUGCAUCUCCGAAUAUUUCGAACGGAUGUGUUCCAGUUGUCACGCGAUUUUAUCCGACGUUGAGAUGCGUGAUACUAUGUGUGUUUCACAUACUAUUUUUCCCAUAUAAUUUUUAGACUUUACUCUGUACCGUCAUAAAUACAUUUAUAAAUA